CAACCAAAGAAUUUCUGCUACAGCUGAUUCGGUCGCCAUCUUGGUCGCGAACAUAAACAACACCAGUGAGUCGCGUUGGCAUUCGGAUGUACCGUUGUUAUAUGAAAGAGAGUGACAACAGCUUCACCCGCCGCAGCGCUGAUCUUUUCAAACCGAAGAUGACAGCUGCUUUGGUCACCUGAGCCACCGUGUCACACGCGAUGGGGAUCCUUUGCGGGUUGCCUUACCGGGAGGGAGCGGAGGUUUAAAGGGGGGUAGGGGGGCGGGGAGGGCAGCAGAGGGGCCUUGCUGCUCGUCAGCCCUGAGGAGAUGGACCAAGAGUACGAGAGACGACUGCUCAGGCAAAUUAACCACCAGAACCUGCCGACAGAGGCCCGCCUGUCAAAGUGUGUAAGUGCCACCUGCAGUCCUGUCAGUGUUAAGUCAGGAGACCGCUUCAUCCCCACCCGAGCUGGAAGCAACUGGAGCAUCAACUUCCACUACGCUAAUGAGAACUGUCGCUCUCCCAGUCAGAACCACAAAGCGAAGGAUGCCAGUUCAGAUUCAAGCAAAGACACUGUGGCGUAUGCCGCCCUGUUGAGGAAUGAGUUGCUGGGGGCAGGGAUAGAGACAGUGCCGGACCCUCACACUGACGACCGGCGGCAUGCAGUCCUUGCUCAAGACUCUCACAGCCUUUUUAGGUACACUGUCCACACUAAGAGAGUGCCUUUCGAUAGCGAUAAUGAAGUCUCACCAUACUCCCUUUCUCCACUUAGUAACAAAAGUCACAAGCUGCUCCGUUCCCCUCGUAAACCAGCCCGGAAGAUCUCCAAGAUCCCCUUCAAAGUGCUGGACGCUCCGGAGCUGCAGGAUGACUUCUACCUCAACCUGGUAGACUGGUCGGCGGGCAACCUGCUCAGUGUCGGACUGGGAGCCUGCGUCUACCUGUGGAGUGCCUGCACCAGCCAGGUGACAAGGUUAUGUGAUCUUUCAGUGGAUGGAGACUCUGUUACAUCAGUUUGUUGGAACGAGAGGGGAAGUCUGGUCGCUGUUGGAACCCACAAGGGUUACGUUCAGAUCUGGGACGCAGCUGGAGGGAGGAAGCUGACCAGUCUGGAGGGUCACUCAGCCCGUGUAGGUGCCCUGGCAUGGAAUGGGGAGCAGCUGUCGUCGGGAAGUCGGGACAGAGUGAUCCUCCAGCGGGACGUCAGAACCCCCCCUUCUGCUGAGAGGAGGCUGCAAGGUCACAGGCAAGAAGUGUGCGGCCUCAAAUGGUCUCCUGACCACCAGCACCUCGCCUCCGGAGGCAAUGACAACAAGUUAUUGGUGUGGAACAGCUCCAGCCUGCUCCCUGUGCAGCAGUACAGUGACCACCUAGCAGCGGUCAAGGCCAUCGCCUGGUCCCCCCACCAGCACGGGCUGCUGGCGUCUGGGGGCGGCACCGCCGACCGCUGCCUGCGCUUCUGGAACACGCUGACGGGUCAGGCGCUGCAGAGCACAGACACGGGCUCCCAGGUCUGCAACUUGGCAUGGUCCAAACACGCCAAUGAACUGGUGAGCACUCACGGCUACUCCCAGAACCAGAUCCUGGUGUGGAAGUAUCCGUCACUAACACAGGUGGCCAAGCUGACAGGACACUCCUACAGAGUGUUGUAUCUGGCUGUGUCACCGGAUGGGGAGGCUAUCGUUACAGGAGCUGGGGAUGAGACACUACGUUUCUGGAACGUCUUCAGUAAGACACGCUGCACCAAGGAAUCAAAGUCAGUGCUGAACCUCUUCACAAGAAUACGAUAGUGAACGGCCCGGGUCAGGACUGGCUCAGGAGGAGCCUAUUAAAGCUGUGGCUGAACUGCACAGUUGCCCGGCAACACUCACAGACUCCCAGCCGUUACAUCCCCUCUUCAUCUCAGCACCAUCCUCAACAACCAACACUAAGACAGCACUUCUCUCAAAGUCCACUUUUUCUACAGCCCCAACCUUAAACAACAACUGCCAUCCCUCACAGUGAUGUCACUGAUUAAAAAAGAAAAAGAAGCAGUCUAUUGUCAGGACAUGUUGUCUGCUUUAAAAAAAGUUGGUCUUGUUUUCUUUUCUGUUGUGGAAGUGAUGAAAUUGUUUUACAAUAUAUUAGCAGAAGUAUGCAUCUACAAGAGUUCUAAGCUAUAUAAUGUAAUGACGUCACAUUUGUAAAAGGCUCUCCUUUGUAACAGAGAGAAGAAGAAGAAUCCUGGUGCAGGUGGGGAGGGUUUCUAUAUUUUGAUAAUGUGUGAAUAUGAUCUACAGCAGUAUACAACAGAAGAAAAUCAAUAAAUACGUGAACACACACACACGGUUGCUCAUGCAGCUGCAAAGAAA